GGUUUUUGAUAAAACAGGGACACUAACACAAGGAAAGGCUGUUGUAACAGCUGCAAAGGUUUUCUCGGGAAUGGACCUAGGAGAUUUCCUCACGCUGGUUGCAUCAGCAGAGGCAAGCAGUGAGCAUCCUCUUGCCAAAGCUAUUUUGGACUAUGCAUUGCAUUUCCAUUUCUUUGGCAAGCUUCCUUCAUCAAAAGAUGGCAUUGAGCAACGAAAAGACAAGGUAUUAUCCCAGUGGCUGCUUGAAGCUGAAGACUUCUCUGCAGUAUCUGGCAAAGGAGUUCAGUGCUCGAUCAAUGGGAAGCAUGUUUUGGUGAGUCAUAGGUGAAUGUCAUGCUUCCAUAUCCCUUUUAAUUUACAUUGUC